ACCUUGUUGUAAAACUAUUGUUGAGUUGGGCUGGCAACGCGGCUGCCUCUGUAUUUAGAGAGGGCCCUCAAAAAACAUAAUUUUUGAACCAAUUUUGAUUCAUUCGCUAAAAAUAAAAAAUCGGUGUGUGCCAAAGCAACUGUUUUGGUUAAUGUACUGCUAAAGUGCCAAGUGCAAGGCCAAACGAUACUGAUAUUCAACGCGAAACAAACGAAUUAUCUUUUCAAUGGCUACCUCUCCCUUUCCAGUUUGUGUAGGAAAUAAACAAAAAUCCAAUUGGAAUUUAGUGUUUACACCAACACAAUAAAUACAACACGAACAAUGUGCGGGCGCAGUGUAAAAUAAAUCGAAAAACGUAAGAAAGCAUAGAAAGUUAACGUGAAAACGGGUAUUGCGCAUUCCACGGCAGCAGUUCAAUACUAGCAGUAACAACAGCAACAACAACCACUAUAAGCUAAGCAACAGCGAGAACUCGCAGCUCAAAGUUUGCUAUCGUUCUGGCCAGCACACACAGUGAUCACAGAUGGCAACACCACCGCGUGCAUUGGAUACCAUCUCGCUGUGUUCCACCGUAUCCAGUUGCCCAGAUCGCAAUGGCUUCUACGGCGGAUUCCAGCGCACGGACAAACCAAAGGAGCCCCUCUCCAAGGCACAGAUCAUUGCGCGCGAAAAGAAAUGGCUCUAUAUGAUUGACAAUUGGUCCAUAUACAUGUCCAAAAACUACAAAAAGAUUCGCGAUAGAUGCCGCAAGGGUAUACCAAAAUCGGUGCGUCCCAGAGCCUGGUUCUAUUUGUCUGGCGCGUAUUUGCUAAAGAAAAAGAAUCCAGAUGUAUACGAGGAGCUGUUGAAGAAACCUGGAAAUCCGGCCACCAUUGAGGAGAUCAAAAAGGAUAAGCAUCGUCAGUUUCCGUUUCACGAAAUGUUUCUGGACGAACAGAAGGUGGGACAAAUCGAGCUGUUCAAUGUGCUGAAGGCCUAUUCAAUAUACAAUCCCAAGGUGGGAUUCUGUCAAGCGCAAGCGCCAAUAGCUGCAUUUCUAUUGAUGCAUUUGCCGGCAGAGGAUGCCUUUUGGGUAUUUGUGAGCGUAUGUGAUGUCUAUUUGCAGGACUACUUUAUACCUGGUCUCGAAGUGAUACAAAAUGAUGCGGGCAUAUUGGAGGGCCUGCUUAAAAAAACCUGCCCGCCCGUCUAUCGUCAUCUGCAGAAGCACAAAGUGGAGCCGCUCCUCUACAUGACAGAUUGGUUUCUAUGCGCUCUGACGCGCACACUACCCUGGGAGACGUUGCUGCGUGUGUGGGAUUGUUUUCUCGCCGAGGGAAUAAGGGUCAUAUUUAAAGUGGCGCUUGUCAUCAUUGGUGCCUCCCUCAGUCGGCACAAGGUGCGCAAAACCUGCACUGGUCUCUGCGAAACGUUGGCAGUGCUACGUUCACCACCAGAGCACAUUAUGGAAGAGGAGUUCAUUAUUAACAAUAUGAUGCGUCUCAAUUUGCGGGUCGAGGACUUUCAAAUUGAGCAUACGCGCCAGAAGGCGCGACGUGCCAAACAAAAGGCUCAGCAGGAUGGGGCGGAAUCUAGCACAAGUAAUGGAAGGCGCAACAUGCCCACAUUGUGAGGACGAAGGUGCACAACACAACACAACAUACAGCAACUAUUUACUACUACUACUACUACUACUACAACAGCAACAAAUUGUUACUAAACACACGACAGACACUCAUCAAUCCACACUACACACACACAAUGCAUAUGUUUUAUAUAUAGAAAACAUAAUCAAGCAAAGUCGAAUAGAAGGAGGCGUGCACAAAAACAGAGAAAGGAACUGAAACAUGUAAACUUCGAAACGAUAAAGGAAAAAGAAAAAUGAAUAACAAAAUACUGUUUAAUCAACAGUCAAUUAGAUAACUUUCAUUCCAUGCGCAUACGAAAUGUAUUUGGCAAACAGUUUGUUUAAUAUUUCAUAAGUUAAAACAUUGUUCUUUAAUUUAAUUCAUAUUGUUGCAAUUAUUAUGUGCGUGCAAUUUGUUUAUGCUUUUCAAAAGUAUUUAUUAUUAUUUAUUGUAUGUAUUACAUUAAAUUAAAACAUUUUUAGCAUAAGCGUUUUACAACCCGUAAACAUAUCGUAUUAUUAUCAUACUUAUUGAUUUAUUUUUUACAACAAACACUUUAUUGGCAGCUGCAAUGUUAAUAGGUCAAGAAACAGAAGUAAGCAUGCAUUCUCUAAUUGUAUUAAAGAUUAUUAAAUUAUAUAUUUAUUGUCGA